UGAAAGUAUGUCUCAGCCAAAAAAGAUUAAUCUUAUUUGGCAGCUCACGCGGUACAUUAGGCACUUCUUUAUAAUUUAUCGUAAACUCAGUGCGGCAUCAUACUGUGCACUUUCUGUAAAGUUCUUAGCUACGAUAAACCAAAGUUUCUGUCUAUGAGAGUAGUUCUCGCUUAUGCUUCAAUUUUUCGUUAUAGAGUUCGUUGAUGCGAGAAUUUGGGAUAAUAUCAGUCAGCUUACUAUACCGAAUGGCUUCAGUACAAACAGAAUGUUGCGCGACUUCUUUAGCGCAACUCGAAAAAUUUUCAACGGGCCCCACAUCAGAUUAUCAGAGCAUCCCCGUCUCAUCAGGUGCUCAUGAGAAUUAUUCUGGCCUAGACACCUCAUGUUCUUCCCAGAGUGCGUGGUACCCUAUGAAGUUCCCGAUGCUGGAAAACACUGAUAUCCGUGGCAGCACCAUUGAUGCAGUUAUACCGUACAACUCGCACGUUUACGACAGCCAUGAUGGGUCCUUGCUUGGUCAUCCUGUGGCUACAGCUUCUUCAUCCUGGGACGCCCCAGGCUGCAUUGAGCGGGUCAAGCGACGAGGACGUAUCAAAAGGCCGAUGAAUGCCUUCAUGGUGUGGGCUAAGACUGAACGCAAAAUUAUGGCAGAUGAGAACCCAGGACUUCACAAUGCAGAUCUUUCGAAAAUGCUCGGCAAGAAAUGGAAAUCGUUGCUGCCCUCGGCACGGCGCCCCUUCAUCCAGGAGGCAGAGCGUCUACGAGUGCAGCACCAGAGCGAGCACCCUCACUACAAGUACAGACCCAAGAGGAAGAGAACUGCCAACAAGAAGCCCGUCAGCGUCCUGCCUACUGCUGCUCACACGGUCACUUCUAGCUCUUUCAGUAACCUCGGUCUGCCUUGCUCUGUGGUGCCUCCAGAUGACAAGUCGUCACGCAACCUUUCAGCCAAUGAAACUCUUCCAUCAAUUUACCGAGAGAGGGUCCAAGCUACUUCCCGCGCCCCAAACGAGGGCCAGGGAGUUGGGAUGACCACGUCUACCCUUUCGUCUCCACUGGUCGGAGCGUUAAAAGGACUUUCGGCAAUCAAAACUGUGCCACAUGACAACAUACGAGAAAGCUCUACGGCAUCAAGCAUGCUUCAGUUUCACAGCGACCAAUAUUCUAACAGUGAUUUUUAUUCUAUCGGCAACACACCUGUGGAUCACCUGAAGUCGAUGUAUGAACGAACUCAGUUCAUGCCUGCCGCGUACGACUGCCUCCAGAACAUCGUGGCCUCGGUCAACCCUUGUCUUUCUUACGCCGACUCACCCGAGCUGCCGUCACCUCCCAUCGACAGUAGCCGGAGAGAUGUCGCAUCACUGGAUAUGAAGUCUCUUCAUAUUGCUGGUAACGAAGCAGUCUCACGCAGCAGUGUGGAAGGUGUCUCAACAUUUUGCUUUCCGAAAGUCGUCGUCGGAGCUGAUUCCUGUGCAAAUGGGUCUAAACCAAGGUUGCCUCCUGAGCAGCAAAUUAGUCAUCCCAUCCCACAUCAGAUCCAAUCUAGUAGUAGAAAUGGGCACCAAAUUCAUUCUCCCGAAACAGUGCACAAGUUCCCUCUGUUGCCGUCUUACAGCAAUUCUUUUACUGCUCCCACAGCAAGCGAAUCGUCAGGCUAUGACUUUCUCAAUGAAGUUUACAUAUCACAACCCAAUUCUUCAGUAAACGUUCCCAUCAAUUCGCUAGCCAGCAAUUCACUUGGCGGAUUUACAAAUGGUCCCUACACUGCAAAUUCUCCAAUUAGUUUACCAGUGGCUGGUGCUUCAACGGCUUUCUUAGAGGUUCCCGUCGGUUCCAAGUUGAUGACUGUUUCUGCUGGUUUGGAUGGAAGUACUUCAAGUCACACAGCUUUCUGGGAUAACUCUAGAGGAAAACCCCAAACGCACCUUCACUCGGUCCCCAACUUUUCUGCGACUGGAGAUAAUGAAAUUGCAGAUUUUCAGGCGUUAAGGGAAACGGAGUUUGUUCUUCAGCAUACGAUUUCAUCUUCCUGCAAUUCUUCAGUUCAAUCACCCCAACACCUCCCAUCUCAGUUGCACGUGGAUCACAAUCUGGUGAUACCUUCCGUGUCAUCAGUAUUCCCUACAACGGGUACAUCUUUCCCGAUUUCUCGUGGAGGAUGCAAUCUGACACCGCCAUCACCCGUCGUUGGGCACGUUGGAAUGGGUCAUGGGCGCGUAGUUGAUGCUCCAUCGGAAAAUUUGAGUCGAGAAUGUCCAAUGGUUGCAUCCAAACCUACAAGUAUAUCAUUGCAUGAUUUCCUAUCGCACGAAGAAACAGUUAUAGCAAAGUCACAGUUAACAACCAGGAACCAAAGCACUUCAAUGCAUUCAGAAAUUGCAUGUGAAAAUUUUGGUUGUUCACCUUACAACCAGUGCAACGUUGUGCACACAAAAAUUAGGGACGAGAAUUUUAUUACGAAUAAAUUGAGUUUAAACGGCUGCAGGAGCAGAAUUGAAGUGGCAAUGCCUGUGAUGGAAAUGAAUUCAGUUCCCUUCAUAAAUGAUCCACUACUUUCAGCAAGCUCAAAGAAGUUCGGUUCCGAAGAUGACUUAGCCUUUUCUCAUUCCUCACUUAGUUACAACGGUGACAGGGAUAAAUUAUCAGCAGUCAGUCAUUCGUUUCCCACUAGUUCAACUGCAACAUGUUCAUCUUCAACUGCAUAUUUUAGUGAUGCCAACGAAAUUGCCGUUCAACGGACGAAUGAAGAAAGUGUCGGGACCCACGAACGGAGUGCAGGCUCAUUGUGCAUCGGCGAUACUACAUACACCUAUGGCCAGCAACACAUUUUCGAAGAUUUCCAGAGAAAUGACGGAUUUCAUAAAUCCGAACCGUGCCUUAACGCGAUACUGGAGGCAAACGUAAGCUCAAGAAAUUUUGAAAUUCGUGCAAAUUCUAAUAAAACUCUGGUCCCCUUGCUCUCUUACAAUGAAGAAAAAUAUGAAACUUACAACAAUGGCUAUCCCGUGACGAAUUCGAUUGAACAUUCCUGCUCAUCGAGUGAGUUGUCAACUUCUUCUUCUUGUUCUUCUAAUGGCGGUUACAAGAUGUCUCCUAUGACAGUUCCAGAGCUUUCUGCUUCAAAUGCCUCCAACUCCAACGUUGACAGAAGAGAGGUAAAUAUGAAGGCCCAGAAACAUAACAACAUAAUGGAUUGCUGCGCUCCAAGACAAACGUAUGAAGACAUAAUGAAAGUUUGGGAGCCUUCAGAGUCGUCCGAGCCCACGAGGUGUCUUCCUGAAACUUUCAGUGGCGAGGCUACUGAUGGAAGUCUUUUCUCUGUUCUUGCAAGUGCUCGACACCACAUGUACUACGACAGCUCAACCCUCAUGUGAAACAAACUACAAAAUAGAAUUUUAACGUCUUUAAUAAUUACAAUUAUUGGCACUCUGCGACAUGGUGAUUAUAUCAUUGGCAUUUAGAUGGAAAAAUUGCCUAAGUCAAAAGCUUACGUCUUCAGUACAUUGAGAUAAUUUCGAUUUUGCACACUCCAGAAGUUAUUGAUAAACAAAAUUUUUAUGGCGUGUAUCAUGACAAGGAGUUCCAACGCCAUUAGAA